UCGGAGCUGCCCGCUGGGGGAGAGAGAGAGGAGAGAGAAAGAGAGCGAGCGGGGAGAGGAGCCCGAGGUGAAAAAGUAACUGUCAAAUGCGCGGCUCCUUUAACCGGAGCGCUCAGUCCGGCUCUGAGAGUCAUGGCGACCGCAGCGUCUAACCACUACAGCCUGCUCACCUCCAGCGCCUCCAUCGUGCACGCCGAGCCGCCGGGCGGCAUGCAGCAGGGCGCGGGGGGCUACCGCGAGGCGCAGAGCCUGGUGCAGGGCGACUACGGCGCGCUGCAGAGCAACGGGCACCCGCUCAGCCACGCUCACCAGUGGAUCACCGCGCUGUCCCACGGCGGCGGCGGCGGGGGUGGUGGCGGCGGCGGCGGGGGCGGGGGAGGCGGCGGGGGCGGCGGCGACGGCUCCCCGUGGUCCACCAGCCCGUUGGGCCAGCCGGACAUCAAGCCCUCCGUGGUGGUACAGCAGGGCGGCCGCGGCGACGAGCUGCACGGGCCAGGCGCCCUGCAGCAGCAGCACCAGCAGCAGCAACAGCAGCAGCAGCAGCAGCAACAGCAGCAGCAACAGCAGCAGCAACAGCAGCGGCCGCCGCAUCUGGUGCACCACGCCGCCAACCACCACCCGGGGCCCGGGGCAUGGCGGAGCGCGGCGGCUGCAGCGCACCUCCCGCCCUCCAUGGGAGCGUCCAACGGCGGCUUGCUCUACUCGCAGCCCAGCUUCACGGUGAACGGCAUGCUGGGCGCCGGCGGGCAGCCGGCCGGGCUGCACCACCACGGCCUGCGGGACGCGCACGACGAACCGCACCACGCGGACCACCACCCGCACCCGCACUCUCAUCCACACCCGCAGCCGCCGCCGCCGCCGCCCCCGCAAGGCCCGCCGGGCCACCCCGGCGCGCACCACGACCCGCACUCGGACGAGGACACGCCGACCUCGGAUGACCUGGAGCAGUUCGCCAAGCAGUUCAAGCAGCGGCGGAUCAAACUGGGAUUUACCCAAGCGGACGUGGGGCUGGCUCUGGGCACCCUGUACGGCAACGUGUUCUCGCAGACCACCAUCUGCAGGUUUGAGGCCCUGCAGCUGAGCUUCAAGAACAUGUGCAAGCUGAAGCCUUUGUUGAACAAGUGGUUGGAGGAGGCGGACUCGUCCUCGGGCAGCCCCACGAGCAUAGACAAGAUCGCGGCGCAGGGGCGCAAGAGGAAAAAGCGGACCUCCAUCGAGGUGAGCGUCAAGGGGGCUCUGGAGAGCCAUUUCCUCAAAUGCCCCAAGCCCUCGGCCCAGGAGAUCACUUCCCUCGCGGACAGCUUACAGCUGGAGAAGGAGGUGGUGAGAGUUUGGUUUUGUAACAGGAGACAGAAAGAGAAAAGGAUGACCCCUCCCGGAGGGACUCUGCCGGGCGCCGAGGAUGUGUACGGGGGGAGUAGGGACACGCCACCUCACCACGGGGUGCAGACGCCCGUCCAGUGA